AUGGGAAGAGUAAUGCGAGUUGUUGUGGCUGGGUCGAAGAGAGUAGGGAAGACGGCAUGUCUUGAACAACUGGCCUGCGUAAACGAUAUCACAAAGCAAUACGUCCCAACUAUAGACGACACUUAUCAGGUUCAAAUGGAUUAUGGUGAUCGUCCCAAGGAAAUCAUGGUUUUUCACGAUACAGGUGGUAUAAGCGAUUAUGGCCCUAUAGAGCUGAAAAAGCCUUACAUUCAGGUCGCGGAUGCUUUCGUGCUGGUAUAUUCCGUCAACGACCAUGAGACGUUCAACCGUAUGGAUAUGUUAAAGAAAUAUAUUGAAAAGCAGUUUGGAAAAGAGAAGAAAGAGGUUGUCGAUACUGAUUUUGCGGUCAACUGGGCGGCGAGAGAGAAAGGUAUUUUUUCAGUUCGCGCUCCGUCCAAAGAUCAAGUGGAGAAAUUUGUGUUGCGUCGUCACUUCCACCCCCAGAGAGAGUCGAAGUUUUCUUUGUCGAAGAAGUUGAAGCCUGAGAAGGCGAACGCCGCCAUAGUAAUGGACUUUUAA